CUACUUCCGGGUCUAGAGGCGGUGCAUCCGAGACUAGGCCCAAUGGAAGCACAAUAAUGGGAGAGGCGGGACCAGGCCCACGGACUCCGUGGAGCGGCUGGCGCCGCUAGAGCCGGGAAGAUGGCGGUUCUGGCGCCUUUAAUUGCUCUUAUUUAUUCGAUACCUCGACUAUCACGAUGGCUGGCCCGACCUUACUACCUUCUGUCAGCCCUCCUCUCUGCUGCCUUCGUACUCGUGAGGAAGCUGCCCCCUGUCUGCUACAAUCUCCCCACGCAACGCGAAGACGGCAACCCGUGUGACUUUGACUGGAGAGAAGUAGAGAUCCUGAUGUUUCUCAGUGCCAUUGUGAUGAUGAAGAACCGAAGAUCCAUCACCGUGGAACAACACAUAGGCAACAUCUUCAUGUUUAGUAAAGUGGCCAAUGCAAUUCUUUUCUUCCGCCUGGAUAUUCGCAUGGGCCUGCUUUACCUUACACUCUGCAUAGUGUUCCUGAUGACAUGCAAACCCCCCCUGUAUAUGGGCCCUGAGUACAUCAAGUACUUCAGUGAUAAGACCAUUGAUGAAGAGCUGGCGCGGGACAAGAGGGUCACUUGGAUCGUGGAGUUCUUUGCCAAUUGGUCUAAUGACUGCCAGUCAUUUGCUCCUAUCUACGCUGACCUCUCGCUCAAGUACAACUGCACAGGGUUAAAUUUCGGGAAGGUGGACGUUGGACGCUACACUGAUGUUAGUACACGGUACAAAGUGAGCACGUCACCCCUCACCAAGCAGCUCCCUACCCUAAUCCUCUUCCAAGGUGGCAAGGAAGUCAUGCGGCGGCCACAGAUUGACAAGAAAGGACGAGCUGUCUCCUGGACUUUUUCUGAGGAGAAUGUGAUUCGAGAAUUCAACUUGAAUGAGCUGUAUCAUCGGGCCAAGAAGGUGUCAAAGGCUGGUGAUAAUAUCCCCGAGGAGGAGCCUAUAGCCCAAACGCCCACUGAAGCGCCAGAUCAGGAGAGCAAGAAAGACAAAUAAGAUCCCUGCUCUCAGUGCUUCCUCUCCUGUCAAUCCCAGGCACCUCUGAGGCUCUGCCCUUUUCUGUAACCACAAGCCUGGCCUGAGGCCUUGGACUUUAAUUUAUUUUUUUCCUGUUUGGCUACGUCUAGGUGGGGCAGGGUAUUGCUUCUGAUUUUUAAGAGGCAUCCAGGUAUGACAGGUAUCCUUCAGGAAGGCCUCCAUUCCUGUGGCCUGCUCUUUAACUGGAGAGAGGGAGCCAUCUUAUGUGGUGGCGGAGGGAAUGCUUUCCCUCCAAGCUUGGGCGCUCACACAUCUCCACCACGUCCGGUUUCAGUAUUCCUCUUAGCGGACCUACACAGCCUUAGAUUAGAUUAGAUUAAAGCCUAAUUUAACAGGCCAAGAUGCAGCAUUAGUGCUAAGAUUUUUUCCCUCAAGGAUUCUUACUUCUUUAGGCCCUUCUGGCUUGGUUUGUGGCCUGCAUUAAAAAGUAUAAGCCUGUCACUGGUCCCAAGGAGAAACCUUUAACCUCAGAGUUUUCUUAUGGAAUAAUCUCCCUAUUUUAUGGAGAUUGCGAAGAAGAGGAACAGAAGUUUGAGACUUCCGGUGGGGCCUGUAGGAGAAAGCCCCUACCAUGGUUGGAGUUCACUUACCUUCCUAUCUCCUCCCCACUGCCAGUUGAUGUUUUUCCAUAAUAAAGAGACUGGGAUUUACUUUUGA